AUGUUUCUAGCUAACUGUUCAUACUUCUUGCCGUCUGUUUUUGGCGCACUUUUUCCAUUCUUACGAGCGGAUCUGCCUGUUUCCAUUCGAUUCCUUCAUGAUGGCCGUUUUUUUGCUGAAGUUCAGGAUGUGCUGGACUUCGAUGUGGAGAGCUGGCUUCAUUGGCGCCAGCUUCGGGCGAAGUUCACGCAGGUGAAGCAGCAGGAGGCAUCGCUUCAACAGGCUACAGACAAUGCCCGGACGGCUUGGAUGGAGCAGCUUCAUGCAGGAUCAAGGCAGCCCGAUGGUUCUCGCCGCACACUUCUUCGUUUCCAGAGCGCGGUGGAGCUGGCGAAUCUGGCCAGGUUUGCGGCCAACGAGGUUCUCCCUUCACCUUCGGAUUUUUUCAAAUCAAGGCAGUUGUGGCCGCCCAGCGCGGGCCGCCACAAGGAUGAGAACUCUGAGCGUCCAGUGAUGGAAGAGCUGUCCGAGACGUUCCUUUACAUUGCCUUGGAGAAGUGGCUGGGCCGCCUCCUCGAAGAGUCCGGCAAAGUGGUGCCCGCUGCCGCUGCCGCUGCCAAGGCUACAGAAUGCAACGCAGCAACCCGGGAGGCUCCAGCGAGCCAGAGAGGUACAGAAGAGCAUCCCGGGAGCGAUGAAGUCCAUCCCUCUGCUCUCUUGCAGCACCUCCCUGGUGGCCCACUCGCUGUGAAAUCUGUGCUCCUGGCAAAGCAUCGAGCUCGUUCCAUGAAGCUGCAGGCUGAUCUGAUGAGGCUCUGCUGUGGCCAACGAGGGUCGGAGAAAGCGCCGGCUUCUCGCACGCCAGCCAGCACCAGCCUUCUUGACGAGGUCAAAGUGCUGCUACAAGAUCUGCAGCGCGGACAAGCAGAUCCGCAAGCCGCCCGGGAAACACUCGCACGGGCGCUGAAGCUGCUGCGGCUGGCAGAGGCUUUGUGCUGCGAGCGCCGAAAGCUCCGAAGCUUCUGGCCGCUGCCGGAUGACUCUUCGAGUCUUGCACACGGAUGCAAUGAAGCCAAAGACAACCGAAACCCGAGAGCUGCUAUCAACUGA